ACGUAAUAAACGCCUAGGUCCAUGGUUUGGAUUAACCAUUCUUACGUUCAUGGGAUUAACGAAGUAGUUAAAGCAUACAUACAUACACACAUACAGUCGGCAGUUUGUUUCGGAAUUUUACAAAUCGUACCCAAGAGAGAGUCUCUCUCUAGGCAUACCAAAUAAUCCGUCAGUCAACAUAAAAUCAUAGGCAUUAAUUUCUGACAACACAUUUGAGCAAUUCACUUUGUGAAAACAAAACAUUUUAACAUGUCAAAUUUAAUCAAAUGAGUGAAGAAAUAUAAGGCUGAACCCCAGGGAAAUGAGUAGCAUCGUUCUCACAAAUUCUAUUAAUUUAACCUAACUAUGAAUUAUCUCGGAGAACUAAUUGUCCUUGGGAUAGAUGGUAUCGUUUUUGCUAUUUGUCUAAAGCAAUACUUCCAUUGUAGGAAUGCUAUUUUAUCUGUCAAGAGUGCCGACUUAUAUGACGUGGGUCCUGCACUGCGUGCAGUAUUAGACAAUAGUUCAGAUAAUAAAGUUGACUAUAUAGCUAUUAAAGGAGCUGUUAAACCAUUGGGUAGACCUUUUCGAGGAGUUCACAAUAAAGACUUAACAGGAGUUGUACAAAAAAUAACAGUUAAGGAGCAUGUGGUCGCAAGGUCUACUGCUGGUUUCUGGUCUAAUCAAGAAAGACUAAUGCAAGAGGUAUAUAAUUCUGUACCUUUUUCUUUACAAAAUGGACGAUAUCAAGUAGAAGUAUCCGAUGCACUGGCUGCAGAAGUCCUAGACAUGGAUACUGUGUCAGAUCAUUUUGAGCCGAGUGUACCUACUUUUACGGAUCAUCUGUGGGGAUUCUUCACAGGAAUUCGUCAGAAAGGUAUUCAAUCUACAGAGGAAUUACUUAGGGAAGGAACUGUGAUUACUGGUAUAGGUGAAUUAACUAGAUCUGUGACAAAGCCUGACAACUUAGUACUACAACCUCCAACAAAUGGUACUCCUUUCUAUCUCACAAGCAUGUCCGUUACUGCAUUGCUUCGAAAAUUGGAUGAACGCAGGAGAACUUAUCGAUGGUGGUGCUUAAUAUUUGGAAGUAUUGGUCUUGUCAUUGGUGGACUUGUAGCCAGGCGGUAUUGGAAAGAUGGACAAGAGCGGCGACUGGCUGAAGAACUUCGACUAGCUUUAGAAAAUACUCGCAAACAAAGAAGGGAAAGAGUACGAGAUCUCGAUCUUAGAGAGGAUCAGCUUUGUGUCGUUUGUCGUACGAAUCCACGUGAAAUUAUUUUGUUACCAUGUGGGCAUGUAUGUUUGUGUGAGGAUUGUGCCGAAAAUAUUUCUAAUCUCUGCCCCAUCUGCAGAAGAUCUGUUGCAUCUAAGCAAGCUGCUUACAUUGUUUAAAUACAAUUGAAACUCAAAAUCUUGUGUGAAUAUACACUUAGUAAGUUUUAUAAUAAAAUAUGAAACAAAUUAUGCA